GUAAGCUGCAGACGCUGGACGUGCUGCUGCGGCGGCUGAAGGCGGGCGGGCACCGCGUGCUCAUCUUCACGCAGAUGACGCGGAUGCUCGACGUCCUCGAGCGCUUCCUCACCUUCCACGGCCACAUCUACCUGCGCCUCGACGGCUCCACCCGCGUCGAGCAGCGCCAGGUGUGCAGGCAGGUGGUGGCCGUGCUCGAGCGCUUCCUCACCUUCCACGGCCACAUCUACCUGCGCCUCGACGGCUCCACCCGCGUCGAGCAGCGCCAGGCCCUCAUGGAGCGCUUCAACGCCGACAAGCGAAUCUUCUGCUUCAUCCUCUCCACGCGCAGCGGCGGCGUCGGCGUCAACCUGGCAGGGGCCGACACCGUCGUGUUCUACGACAGCGACUGGAACCCCACCAUGGACGCCCAGGCCCAGGACAGGUGUCACCGCAUCGGCCAGACCCGCGACGUCCACAUCUACAGGUUGAUCAGCGAGCGGACGGUGGAGGAGAACAUCCUGAAGAAAGCCAAUCAGAAGAGGAUGUUGGGGGACAUGGCCAUCGAGGGGGGCAACUUCACCACCGCCUACUUCAAACAGCAAACUAUCCGGGAGUUGUUCGACAUGAGCCCCGAGGAGCCGCCGCGGGACAGGGACGGGGACAGGGACGGGGACAAGGACGGGGACCCCCGGGGGGACCCCAAGGACAGGGGCGACACCCGGGGGGACACCCGGGGGGACACGAGGGACAGGGACGCCUCACCUGAGGACGACGAGGACGCGGCGGCCACGCGCGGGACCCACAUCCUGGAACAGGUGAGGGGGGCACCCCAGUGGCACCUGGGUCACCCCAGCGUCACCUGUGUCACUUCAGUGUCACCUGUGUCAGCCCAGUGUCACCUGUGUUACCCCAAUGUCACCCCAGUGUCACCUGUGUUACCUGUGUCACCCUAG